AUGAAGUUUUCCACAGUCAUCAUUUUCUGCACCCUGAUCCUGGGUGUCAGCAGCCAAAGAUGGAGAUCAUUCUUGAGGGAAGCUGGUCAAGGGACUAAAGACAUGUGGAGAGCCUACUCUGACAUGAGAGAAGCCAAUUACAAAAACUCAGACAAAUACUUUCAUGCGCGAGGGAACUAUGAUGCUGCACGUAGGGGACCUGGGGGCGCCUGGGCUGCUAAAGUGAUCAGUGACGCCAGAGAGGGUGCUCAGAGAUUCACUGACCUUUUUAAGUAUGGAAACAGUGGCCAUGGAGUGGAGGACUCCAGGGCUGACCAGAAAGCCAAUGAAUGGGGCCGGAGUGGCAAAGACCCCAACCACUUCAGACCUGCUGGCCUGCCCAGCAAGUACUAA